AGCGCUCGCAGUGAGGGCUCCUUAUCUCUGGUGAGCGCCCAGGGCAGGAAAGUCAAUGCCCUCAGGCCAGACGUACAGAUUUGUCUCAAACACCACUACAAGUCCAAGACGUACACCUCGGGCUCCGUCCUCGAGGGAGAAGUCACCAUCACCACCCAGAGAGACACCCCCUUCGACUCGAUCGACAUUGUUCUGGUCGGCUGCUCCAAGACACGGACCGAGGGCUACAGCAGCCCCCACGAGUCCACCCACACCUUUCUUAAGCUGCGCAUGCCCGUUUCCGAGGAGAGAUACCCAACGUCCCGCAUCCUCGAGUCGGGCGCCACCCUGACGGUCCCCUUCACCUUUGUCCUGCCCGACUUUUUGACACUCAGCGCCUGCCACCACAAGGUCGACUCGGAACACAUUCGGGAUCACCAUCUGUGUCUGCCGCCGUCUAUGGGCUCGUGGGCACGGGGCAACUGGGAAAAGGAUGACUUCGCCCCUCACAUGGCCGAGGUGAUAUACGCCAUCAAGGCUCGGGUAUGGCGCGAGCAGCUGCCGGCCUCCGCUUCCUCGGCGCCGCGCGCCCGCCACGUCAGGAUCAUAGAGGCCGUCAAGGCCAUCCAGGUGCUCCCUUCUUCUCCCGAGGCGGCACCACUGAGCGUGACAGCCAAGGAUUGCCUCUACAAGAUGACCAAGACAAAAACACUGCGCAAGAACCUCAUGUCCUCCAAGACGGGCAGGCUCACCGUCUCGGGCCAGCAGCCGCGCGCCAUCAUGCUGCUUCCCGAUGGGCGCGUCUCGUCCGGGACUACGGCGCAGAUCGACCUGAAGUUCGAGCCCGCCACUGCUGGCGCUGGCCCUGGUGACGUGCAACCACCGCCCAAGAUCACGGGCGUGUCGGCCAAGAUCGCGGCACACACGUACUACUCUGCAUCUGCCAUCAGCAGCCUCCCCAACAUGGGUGAGUGGAUGCGGGUUGCCCUCAGCGACCGACGUGGCCUCUAUUCGAGCUCGGUCGCCCUGCCCGCCACCGCACGGCCUGCGCACAUUGGGCCCUGGCACAUGCACCACACCCGUCGCGACAGCGGCUACGGCAGCGAUUCGGCCCACAACACUGCUGCUUCUUGCUCAACCGCGACCACCUUCCACGCACCUCCAGUUCACCACACCGCCACCAUCCAGCUCCCAGUGCCUGACCUCCCCACGACCCGCAAGGCCUUCGUCCCAAGCUUCCACGGCUGCAUCCUGAGCCGCGUCUACACCCUCCACCUCUCCGUGCGUGUGGAGACGGGUGGCGCUGCAGGCGGCACGAGCACACUGUCGCUGGACCUUCCCGUACAGAUUGGCGUGGAGCCGGCGGCGGGGUCACCUGGGGCUGAGGAGGCGCUGCCGAGCUGGGAGGACGCGCUGGAGGAUGCAGCUGUGGACGAGUUUCUUCGGCCUCGGGUGAUGGGCGUACCCCAAGAGGCGUUUCAGGAGACGAGUGUGUUGCCUGGAUAU